GCGGCGGGAGAGGCGAGGAGGCGCUGCGUGGAGGCGCCGCCGCCCGGCUGGGAGAAGCGGCCGCUCCCCGGCCCCGCUCCGAGGUUUGAACGGGAGCUGCUCCAAAUCUGAGGCCAGAACAAUAGCUAUGGAGGAAAUUAGUCAUGGAAGGAUCUGAGGAGGAAGGAGCAUGUUUUUAUCAGCAAUGGAAGAACUUCCCAAUACCCAGUGGUCUCACUAAAGAUAAUUUAGGUAGUACUGAACAGCGGCGGUUUACACCUUUGCAUUGUUUCCAUCUGGAUACCGAAGACUUACAGAAGACUUUUUAUUUCUUCUUAACUAGACAUGUUGCUAAAAAAGUUGGAAGGUUCUGUUCUGAUGUGUAUUGAGGAUAUUGUGUACGUUUUUGGAUGGGUUUAGAUACCUAAAUAUAUGGCAUCAAAAAUGACACAGGACCAUUUUAUGUCUGAGAUAUCUGCAUAGGGCUGGCAGAUACAACCCAGGCCAUACCAAUGGCUCAGUCUUUCAGCAGUUGCCACUGUAGCCCGACGGGAACUCCCUAGGAAGUCUAAGAAGGCACUAGAUAUCAGAGUUUGGGUGACUACCAUUUUGAUGUUACUGUUUUAAUGCUUCUGUGAUUCGGUGUUUCAGAUAACUGCAAACAGCUUUUUUAGCUGUCAUGAAUGUUUCUGAUGAAACUUUUGUGUAAGACUACAUUCUAAGAGCUAGUUAAUGAAGGUCAUUUGACAGUUUAUUUUACCUGACUUAUUAUUUUGCCAGUGUGUAUUUCCUAGCUUAUACAGAUAAAGCCAGCAAGAAGUCAGUUGUUUUACCAGUCUUCCCUCUCCUAAAAUCCUCCCCUGAAAACCAAAGAGAAAAUCAGAAAGAAGAACCUAGUCUGACUCCUCUUAGGUUAAUUUGGUGUCAGUCAGUUGUUCAGAGGAAGAAAGCGUGAGGGUGUUCAAGGACUGAUGUUCAGUCAGGGAAAAAAAAAACUGGAACAUAUUCGGCAUAGCUUAGAGAACAAGCUUAUGUAGCUUAUAUAGCAACAUAACUGGAACAUGCUCAUAGCAAGCUGAGGAUUUACACCAAAGCUGUAACUGUGCAUUGUGAAAAUAUGUGUUCUUAAACUAUAUGCUUAUGUCUUUAGUUACUUUAAGUUAAUUUGAAAAUGAAAGGUACUAUCCAGCAAUGUAUCUUAAGAGGCUAAAUUCUUAAGUUCCUGAUAAAGAUGCUUCUAUAGUAAGAUCUCACCUUUUAUACGUUUAACAAAGGACUUAAUAGAAGGGUGGCCAUCUCAGGUAAUCAAUAGAAAGACAUUUUUAGGAUAUGGAAGAAUCUCUUAGAAUAUCUACUUUGGGUUAAGAUGAAUCACAGCCUACAAAUGCCUAUUUCUCUCCAGUGACUAUAAAGAGAGAGGGGGAGUAGGGUGACUCAUUGAGAUGUGGUUGUUUAUAUUUGGCCACAUAUAUUUCAAGCUAAGCACAUAAGGCUACAUCCAGAGGCAGCUCGGCUCUGCGGUGCACCCAGGAUACAUGUCUCAAAUGUUCAGCUAUAAAACCUGGUUGGAGUGUGCUGCAGCUUCUUCUGGCUGGCAUGUUCAUUACCUGUCCCAACUGCAACCACCGUGAGAAGGAAGGGUGCAUGCAUACUCAAUUUUCUUCCUGAUGGGGUGUGGUGUCAUCCCAAAAUAAAAGUCAGGAUGCAGGCAGGGUGUGAGCCUGAACCCAUGCAUUUGGAUCUCAUAAUAUAGACAUGGCUUAAAUUCCCUGUGCAACCAGUGGGUGGAGAAAGGAGAUUGAGAAGGCCUCCAGAAGUCACCUCAGGUUUGGUAAGGUGAAUCCUAACUUCUGACUUUGAAUUAAAGUGUUUGCUUCUGUCUUUCUGUUUCAUAUUUCUCUCGGCAUAGAUGGUGAAACUAGAACAGUCUGUUUUCUUGUCUGUGUUUGAUCAAUUUCAAGGUUUUCUAGGUUAGGAGGAAGUUGGGAUGUCUAGGUACUAGAAAGUUAAAGCAUUUGAAAUCCCGGACUUACAGUUCUUAUAAGCACAUUUUUAAAAAACAAAUUGGAUCUAGCAGCAUCCUUUCAGAACAUCAUGCCUAAUUGUGGUCAGUAACUUGAAUUUUGGCAGUGCUGGAGAUCUUAUUUUUGUAACUUAGAAGGAUUUCUACCAUCGCUUCAGCCCCACUAUCUCAGAAAUAGUGAGGGAUUUUGCAAAGGCUGGCAUCAGUAGCAUUGUGCAUGAAUAGGGCUAGGUGUCUAGAUUUAAACUCUUGGCAGCUGCCUUGAAUUUUCUUUCUGCUGUCAUUCAGACCAUAGCUUGAAUUUUGCUGGUAGUAGCAGUUGUGGGAAGUUACUAGGGGAAGAGUCUAUUACUGACACAAGAAAUAGUUUUGAAGUUCUUUUCCCCAUUGCUGAACUUACCGAAAUGUCACUGUUGCCACAGGUCAUUUAUGCAGGGCUGAAAAUCAUCUUUCUGCUGUACUCAAUAUCAUGUAAGUUGCUUGGCGCUUUAAAUGCUAGUGAUAUCUAUAGUCCAUACUUGCAUAACUCUGUUUAAAUCAAGAAGUUUUGUUGUUUCAAGGAUUAGAUCUAAUAGCUAUCAUUCAAGAGUAAAGAAGGCAAAAAGAAAAAUGUACGUUUUGCUCAUUCCAGUUUACUGCUACAUUAUUACUUCCAAAGUUGUCCAAUUUUCUGCAAAAGUUAUAUCUACAACCUUCAGAAAAUUGUGUGUAAGACUCACCUUCAGCAGUGUUUUUACCUUGAAUCAUUAAUUACAGGAAGCUCUCAAACAGAGCAGAUGGCAUUUCUAUGUUCAGAAUGUACCUUUAUUUGUUUUUCUUCUCUCAGUUUGACAUCUGAGUUUCUCUGCUUCUGUAAGAUUUUGUCAUAUUGCAAUUGAAUAUAUAGUAGAAUGUAUAAGGAGGCCUGAAAAAUGAAAUCCUGUCCCUUUUCUUUGUAACUAAUGUGGAAAAUGCAUGAUUGGAUGGGCACAUCUCAACUUCAGAUCAGUCACUCUGGAACUCCUUGCUUAAUGUACAGCGCAGGUAUUUUUAAGUAUAUUUUUUUUCCUUCAGUCCAUGAACUCAUGCCUUACUUGCUGCAUGCUACUCAAACACCAUUUUUUUUAGGAAGAUUAUGUAUUUUCUCUUGAGCUUUUUGAUGGGGCUUAGCUGAGGGGCUGACACAUACGACCAUUUAUUUUCAGCACACCUUAAUGAUUUGAGAGGAUUCUGAUAAUUUGACAAGGGAGGAACUAAAAUAUAAUCAUCUGUACGAGGAACCAUGUGAGCACGUAGCUGCUGGUUUUGCUUACAUAGUUUAAGAGGAUCACCACAGAAUGGUUUGGGUUGGAAGGGAUCUUAAAGACCAUCUAGUCCCAACCCCCCUGCCAUGGGCAGGGACACCUCCCACCAGACCAGGUUGCCCAAAGCCCCAUCCAGCCUGGCCUUGAGCACCUCCAGGGGUGGGGCAUCCACUGCUUCUCUGGACAGCCUGUGUUACUGCCUCAACACCCUCUGAGUGAAGAAUUUCUCCUGAAAUCUAAUCUAAAUCUACCCUCUUUUAGUUUAAAGCCAUUCCCCCUUGACCCAUUGCCAGACUCCCUGACAAAGAGUCCCUCUCCAGCUUUCCUGUAGGCUUCUUUAGGUACUGGAAGGCCGCUGUAAGGUCUUCCCGGACCUCUUCUCCAGGCUGAACAACCUCAGCUCCCUCAGCCUGUCUCUUGCUCAGAGCUGUUGCUCAGCGUGGGCCUGGUUUGUUCCUAUAGCACAGCCUGUCCCACACCUGGAAACGGUGGCAUGGUCAACGUGUCUGUGCUGCGGAGCAGUGCCGCUGAAAUAAAGCUGUGCAGGCAGUGGUGAAGCCCAGUGCUUCUGGGCUUUGUGCUGGUAACUCAUCUGGAUUUAGUUAUUUCUUUCUUUUUUUUUCUUUUUUUUUUUUUGAAGUAAUUUGGAAGUUUCAUUCUCAGAAGCAAACUAACCCCCCACCAAAGUUCUUGAUGUGUGUUGCCACGUUGGUUCAUUGAGAAAGGGGGACCGUGGCUGUGUGUCCUGCUGGACAGGAGAGGGCAGGGGACAGGGUGCUGGCACCAAGCUGAGCAACAUGGCUGGCCUGCCUUUCCACAGCGCAGGGCCAGCCCCUGUGUGGGCAGAAUGGUGGUGUCUGUGCUGCACAUCCUCAUCCUUGGACCCUGUGUGGUGCUGUGGGGCCACUGGGCUUCAUCAGUCUUUUGUCCUUCCCUUGGUAACAUCUCUCGGCUCCUGGCCAUGCUGGAUCCGCUGGUUCCCUGCGCUGGCUGCUCUCUCCAGCUCCUCAUCCUGCUGAGACACUCUGCUUCCUUGUUUUAACCUUUUGCUCAACCAGACCCAGGAUUCCCAGGCUCUGGCUCUUGCUUCUCUUCCUCCCCUUCCUCUAAUUGAGACCUCUCCUCUCCUGCCCAGCUUCAUGCCAUGUUUUGGUCCCCUUGACCUUUCUCACACCCUACUGUGGUGCUGUAUGAAGAGUCUGUCUCCUGCACAUCCGUGGGGCAUCAGCCGAAGGGUCACGAAAGCAACAGGCGAGGUUGUCUUCCUGCUGUCACUUCCAAUGUCUGGUCUUUGGCAGAUGGGAGCAGCAGUUACAGGGGAAAUCCUGCUAAUCUCCUGUAACUUGAGCCCAUUACAUGCUCAGUCGCACUGUGGGGUUGGUGCCUUUCCAGCCACGUACGGAGGAGGUGGUGGAUGCUUGCUGCAGAACAUUUUCUGUGAUUUACGUUGCAGAGCUCAAAAGAAAAAUCGGAAGGUGUAUCAGCUGAAUUCUGGUAGGUCCUAGAGCUCUGUGUGAUACAAAGGUGUUUUCAUAAGAAUAGCAAAAUAGCUAUUCUUAUUUUCAUAAGAAUAGCCUUUAAAAAUUAAAGUAAAUAAAUAACAAAGUAAAUACUAAAGUGAGGGAUCAGCACUGUGCCAAAUUUCAAGACAGCCCUGUCAAGGGCGAGUGGGGGGAGCAGAGUUCCCCAGUUCAGUCGGUUGUGAGAACGGCAGAGCAACGUGUUUUUGUCUAGCCUGUCUCAGAAAUGGGCAAACUGCGUUUUGGCAGACAAAUAAAUAAAUCCUGCAGCAGAUGUCCAGCAUGGAAAAUUUUAACACAGGCAGUUUGAGUUUGACAGAAUCAGAGGAACGUGGAAAAUACCAACGAGAUGCACCAGGCCACCUCGAUAAUAGAUGGAGCAGGCCAGCUGUAUGACCCGUCUCUGGGGUUCUUCUGAGACUCUUCAGUACCAAUUAUUUAGGGUUUUUUGUUGUUGUUAAAAGCACAGAAUGGAAGGGGUGAUUCAGCAGAGAGGGAGGGCUGCCUUGUAGGAGUCUCCUAGGCUGGAGCCAGCAGAAACUUGAACUUGAAGGAGGGGGAGCUGCGAAGGGACGGAGGAGAGGAGUGCGUCACGGUCAGACGGUGGGGACACCGGUGGCAGUGGGCCAGGGGGCUGAGCCAGGGGGUGGUGCUGGUGCCAGGGAGGGGGAGACCCUAAUAAAUUGGAUGGGAGGUGAUGAAGCCCGAAGGAGAGUGUUUGCUUGCAGGAUGGCAGGGUAAUGGAUUUUGGAAAGCGUCAUUUCUAAUAUGCAAAACAGGCGAUAGGAAACAAUGGGACCUUGGGACGGAACUGCCAGUUGAAUGAGGGCUUUGUUUUCCUCUUGUCUAUUCAUAUUUUUAAAGGUUUAGUGGAAUUUAAAUAGAUUUUACACAUUUUUAUAUAAUGGAUUGAAUUGCAUAAACUGCUGUCUAAAGUAGUAUUGCACUGCAAUCUUUAUCCCCUUCUGGAUAAAGAUUGACUUUCUGGUUAAGCUCAUUUUUGUAUUUUUUUCUUAAUUGCAACUCUUGUUCGAUAAUCCUUUGCUGCCUUGCUCUCUUAUUUAAAACUCCAGCAAAAAUUGUGAGCAAAUUGACUGACAGCAGACCUUGUGUAACGAGCGUAUCGAUCUGCCCACAGUUUGGCUUGAAAAUGGCAACUGGUUUCAUAGUCCUUACGCCUGAACCUCAAUGCUAACGAACAUCAGUUGUGAGCAUGUACCACAGUUUGGCGGCUGCUUAUGUGUUUUUUCUGCCAAGGGUAUUAAAACGUCAUCAGAUAGAUCGUGUCUUUGUCGAGGAGCAUCCCAUACCUGUGGUCCAUGACAAUUGGUCUCAAAUAUUAUCAAAGUGAUUGUGUGUAUGUCGCUGUUAAAUGCAAACACUGCACAGUAGGGGUGUGCAGAAUUAAAACGAGAACAUCACAGUCUGAAUCGGAGUGCGUGUUGGCUGCACGUUAAAAUAAGGGGCGGAUUAUUUGCCUUGAGAUGCACGGCAAACCUUUGCAAACAAAACGGCAUCGCUGCAGUUCUACGAUUUCACCAGUGCUGUCUGUGCACGCCUUUAUGCCCAGCAAAAGCUCCUAAAACCCUCGUGCCAAAACGUCGCCGAGCUGUCGCGGCGAUGGAGGGGAAGGGAGUCGCUUGCGUUCGCCGCGUGUGGUGUUUCACGGCGGGGAUCGCUUUACCUCCUCGCCAGCAGAACUCCUUUCCUGGGCGAGGGAGAUUCCCGGUUCAUCAGUGUGGACGCACUGUUUUUACACGUUGGGAGCGCUGUGUUGCCGUGUCAAUCACCCCGACACCGUCGGUGCGAGAGCGGCAGGCCUGACGAUGCGGGGUGUGAUUGGCUGCCAUAUGCUGGGAGGGCUCAGGCAGGAGGAAGGGCCGCAGUCCUUCAGCAACAGAGUUUAGGCUGUGUCUUUGCUUCAUCAUCUGAGGGAAAAAUCCCCCCGAUAAGGCACAGGGCUUCCCGAGAGCCAAAAAAAAAAAAAAAAAAAAAAAAGGCGGGGGGGGGGGGGCGGGGGACUGCUAAGCGUUUUGUGCGAAAAUUAUUCAUCGCAAUGAUGGAACGGGAAAGGUGCGGCUGUUUGUUGGUAGCAGAGGUUUCUGUUCCCGUUGGAAAUGUGCUGAAUAGACAGAGCUGAACAAGGUCAGUGAUUUAAAAAGUGCCUUUGUGAAGUCACUUUUAUGAGAGAGGACUGCUACGCCUGUGUUUUCAAAAUACUGUCUUUGCCAGCUAGACGUUGCCUUGACCUUACCCGUGGCAGAAGAUACCUCAACUGUCUUGAUUUGCCAAUUAAUUGAUGGGAAACUGAACUCACCGUAAAAACAGGAAGAAGAAUUAUUAUUAGUGGGACACGAACAAAUGACUGCAUUGCUUUUCUUGUGUAAUCAAUACCAGCAAGCGACCUGCAGCAAGCUAGUAUUCCAUCAAGGAGUGCCAUUGCAUUGAAGGACCUGUGCUUGAAACUGGUGCAUCAGUGAUACAAUCAGCAGACCCACACGUUUUACGGACAGAAAUGCUACUGAGCAUGGUCAUUUGCAGCCAAAAGUCUACAAGUGGGACUUAAUGAUUGAUGAGUGACUGCUUGCUGAUAAACUUUCUCUGUUUAUUCUGUGUUGUGUGAGUCGGACAUCAUUAAUCGUCCCCCACUUUAUUUUUUUUACCUUUCUUUUCAAUCGGAAUUUUUUUUUGGUGUUUUUUUUUUCCUCCCCCUCCUUUCAUCAGUAGUUUUGGAAAUUUCUUUGGCAUAAUUCACGUGACAGCAGUUUACAAGUUCUAAUUCAGCUUUUCAUCAUGGCUUUGAAUGUUGCUCCGGUAAGAGAUACAAAAUGGCUAACGUUAGAAGUGUGCAGGCAGUUUCAGAGGGGAACUUGUUCACGCUCUGAUGAAGAAUGCAAAUUUGCACAUCCCCCUAAAAGUUGCCAGGUUGAAAAUGGAAGAGUUAUUGCCUGCUUUGAUUCCUUAAAGGGUCGUUGUACAAGGGAGAACUGCAAGUACCUUCAUCCACCAACGCAUUUAAAAACUCAACUGGAAAUCAAUGGCAGGAACAACUUAAUCCAACAAAAAACUGCAGCAGCAAUGCUUGCCCAGCAAAUGCAGUUUAUGUUUCCAGGAACACCACUACAGCCAGUGCCCACAUUUCCAGUGGGUCCCACAAUAGGAACGAACACGGCUAUUAGCUUUGCUCCUUACCUAACGCCAGUAACACCAGGAGUUGGCUUAGUCCCGACCGAGAUCCUACCCACGCCGCCUGUCAUUGUUCCUGGAAGUCCACCGGUUUCAGUCCCUGGUUCAACUGCUACUCAGAAACUCCUCAGGACUGAUAAACUGGAGGUGUGCAGGGAGUUCCAGCGGGGCAACUGUGCGCGUGGAGAGACUGAUUGCCGCUUUGCACAUCCGGCAGACAGCACAAUGAUUGACACAAACGACAACACCGUAACCGUGUGUAUGGAUUACAUAAAAGGUCGUUGCAUGAGGGAGAAAUGCAAGUAUUUUCACCCUCCUGCACAUUUGCAGGCCAAAAUCAAAGCGGCGCAACACCAAGCCAACCAGGCUGCGGUGGCAGCCCAGGCAGCUGCGGCAGCUGCGACUGUGAUGACUCAGUCGACUGCCAAAGCAAUGAAGCGACCUCUCGAAGCAACUGUAGACCUGGCCUUUCCUCCUGGUGUUCUUCACCCUUUACCAAAGAGACAAGCACUUGAAAAAAGCAAUGGUGCCAGUGCCGUUUUCAAUCCCAGUGUCUUGCACUACCAACAGGCUCUUGCCAAUGCUCAGUUGCAGCAACAUGCAGCGUUUAUCCCGACAGUACCCAUGAUGCACAACGCUACGGCCGCCACUGUCUCUGCAGCAACAACUCCUGCAACAAGUGUUCCCUUCGCCGCAACAGCCACAGCAAAUCAGAUAAUCCUGAAGUAAUCAGCAGGAAUGGGACGGAGUGUCAAGAAGCCUCCCUGCGGAUGGCCAAGCACGGCUACUGUACAUACUAUCCUGUCUCCUCCUCUCUAGAAUUGCCACAAACUGCAUGCUAAGUAAAGAAUUUGUUCUUACGGACAAAUCACAAACUCUAAAAAGCUAGUGCUGCUAUGUCAUAUAUGAAUAUUAAAUAUGGUAUGCUUACUAUACUCCGACCUAAAAUAGUUAACUACCUGAUACCAGCUGUGAUGUUUCAAGACAUAAAGGGUAACAUUUAGUUUUGAAGAUUUUUAAAAACAUAGUUUAAUUCUUGCAAAUAUUGUCUUUUCUCCAUAACUAUACCUAAUGGAAAUGGUCCAAUUAAGUUAGUCUUGGGAGAUUCAGUGUUCAUGAAUCUUUCAAGCUCAGCAAUAAUUAAUUUGUAUUGGCUAAAAACUUAUGCCAGUUGCAGGUUUGAUUUUAACCCAAAUUACGAUUGGGGUUUUUCUUCUUGGUUAAAAAAUCUUGGUUUUGCUCCCGCAGCAAGUUAACUCCAAGACAAAGGAAGUGAAACAAAGCCCGGUAUCCUGCACAUCACCCUGCCAGUCUAAAAUUUUUAGCCAGAAAUCCAAAGUAAAGCACAAAUUCUUUAGAUGCACAUAGUUGGUGUUUGACUUGUAUGGAGAAGUUGCAUUUGAGUCAUAGCAGAAUAGCAGAAAAAAAAAAGUUAAAAAUUUUGCACAGUAUGAACUUCAUACCCCUUUCAAUCCCCAAAAGAACAAAGUCUUGAAAAUAUUAUUUUACAAGUAUAUUUAUAAUGUUUUUAAAAGAAACUUUGCAGAAGUGCCUAAAUUUUGUCACAUCAGACUUGAUGAAAGUGAGCCUGAUGCCAACAGUCAAUCUUACCAGAAGCGAAUAAUUUCUCAAACUCAUAGUCACAUUACCAAAAAGAUCCAAGCUCUUAAGAAGUAACUUCUAUAAAUGUAAAAAUCAAAUGAAAAGACCAAACUAACAAAAGAAAAGGAGAAGAAGGAUGUAGGUGAAGAGAUUUGUAUGAUACUCUAAUUUAAUUAAAAUUCAGUUUAGUCACUGAGACUUCAUAAGUGACUUUAAUCUAGGUUAUUAACUGAACACUAAGAAUGUAGAAUGAGAUUCAGUUUAAUAAAUCAUUACUGUAUUUGCAUUUUUUUUAAUUGGAUUAUAAGAUUGUAACCAGAUUAGAAUGGAGAAAAAAUAGUUCUUUUAAUUGUUUUUCUUUAAAAACAUAUUUUAUGUCACAAAAGUAUGAAGAUAUCUUUAAUACAAUUAUAUACAUAUUAUAUAUACAUACAUACAUAUAUAUGGAUGAAGCAGAUUUUAAUGUUGUUUACUUUUUUAAAUACUUUGUUGAUUUACAAGGUAAUUAUAUAUGUAUAAUUAAAAUUUCAUUUGUUUGAUUUGAGAUUUGUUUCAAGCACUAUUGUACCAAAUAUUUCAUAUUUCACAUUUUAUAUGUUGCACAUGUAUCACAGAAAUUACAUAGUUUUUAAAUUAUUGUUUAAAAAACAAGACAGCUGUUAUAAGUGGAUAUUAUGUAUAAUUGUUUGCAGCAUAAGUUUUCUAUGUGGACAUUAUUAGUGAUUGCAGUAUUUUAACUUAACCUCUUCAGAUUGAUUGUAAACUAUUUUAAACUUUGGCAGCACUGCCUGUUCUGAACGACUGAAGGCACUAACCAUAUAAUUAUUUGUCUUGGAAAUUAUCUUCCAGGCUAAAUCUUGUUUGUCCAAUGUCUAAUUACUAUCUAUUUAUAUAUAAAGCUGGAGAUUUGAUCAUCCGACAGAAAAAAAAUAAUCACAAUUCGAUUGUAAAAUUAACAUAGUGCUUGUAACGUUGCGUUAGUUUUAAUUUGUGGAAAAAUAAUGUAUCUUAACUUGUUACUUUAGCAGUUAAGGUAUCACCAUGAUAUACUAUUAAAACACUAAUAUUUGUAGACUUUCUCAGUCAUUAUAACUAGGUAGUUGACACUGCAACUUGCCUAUAUCUGUCAAAGUUGUUUUUAUUUUUUUAUAAUAGUUAAUUUAGGCAUUUGGGUAGCUUAUUGUACAAUACUAAAUGGUAAAUUAUCCAUGUUGUUUAAAUAUUUUAUGUAGAUAACUCUUCAAGACAUUGUUUUGUGUGAACUUUUUAUGUUUCAAAAUAACUGUUAUUCUAUGUUUUUUACAAUUAAUCCAAUACUACUAUUUUUUGCCCAUGGAUGACGAAGCUUCAGAUACAUCAGGUCUUUCAUCCAGAUAAACUGACAGACAAAAAGAGAAAAUGUAUUUUUAAUAAGAGAUCCACUUUCCGACUUUAUGACUUUGUAAUAUUCCUAAAAACUGUACAAGUACAAACCUAUGCUAACAGUAAGGAGGCAAUUACAGAGAUGUGCAAAUACGUGUACAACAGAUUCUGCAUUUUAUUUAUUUAUAAAGUAAUUUUAUAGACUAUUUCAAAAUUUGGGAAGAUCUAAAACUAUUUUUCUGUAUAAAUAUUAUUUGCCAAAACUUUGUUUAUAUUUUAAAAAAGUCUAAUGAAAAUGGUUAAAUUUUAAAUGCUUUGUUUAAUUAAAAAAAAAAAAAACACACAAAAAACACACAAAUAAACCCCCCUAAAAGAACCAUGAGAUGGGCCAACACAGAGACAGUGAAUACUGUAGCUGAGGCGUAGUUUCAAGUUACUUGAGAUGCCUCAGUGUUUAUUUUCUUCAAAUGAUACAGCACCUCACCAAAAUACCUUUUUGUUUGCCUCUCUCAUACAGUAUAAUUGACAACGCUUACAAUGAAUACUUCGGUAACUGUUGGAGAAACCCCUCCAUUUGCUCUUUUCCAGCAUAUAACUACUAGUGGUCUGUUAAAUAGCCAUUCUAUUUCUGUUGUGACGUUAAAUUCAUUCACCCAAUGUACAACCACUGAAAUAAAAAGAAGCAUUUUAAAGUGAAA